AAGUCCAUGAUAUUUCCACGAGUUGGCGUUAAGAGAAUGAGGAACUUGUCGACUAAACCCAGCCCAUUUUUUUCUAUAAAAGCCGAAGAGGAGUAGUGUCCUGGACACAGAGUCUUAUAAUUGAAAGGAAAAAUGUCUUCUUCUCUGUCUGGUAAGUUAAGUAUUGAAAUAGAGGCCAAGUCAUCAGCUCGUUCUAUGUAUGAGGCAAACGCGAAACGAUUGUACGAUGUACCAAAACUUUGCCCUACCUAUAUACCCAAGGUUGAUUUAGUAGAAGGUAAAUGGGAAGAUGUGGGUGCUGUCGUGAACUUUCAUCUCGCACACGUUGUUAGGGGUAAUUUGGACUUUCGAAAGGGAAAAUGGAAUAUAUUUCAUCUUUUUGGUUGCUUGGGAUCGGAGGUGAUUCUGGAAAUUGAUAGUUUAAUUAAGGGGAAAACUUUAAUUUCAAAGGAGAUAUAUGAGCACAAAGAUGAUGAAAAAUUGUCAGUCACUUUCAAGGUCAUAGGAGGAUUACUGAUGGAGGCAUUCAAAAGUUUCAAGUUCAUUAUUCAAGCCACUCGCAAGGAUACGGGAUGUUUGGUUCGCUGGACACUUGAAUAUGAGAAACUGAAGGAGGAUGUUCCAGAUCCAAAAGAAAUGCUUCAAUUUGCAGUUGAUCUUACCAAAGAGAUGGAUGCCAAUCUGAUCGGCCACCAAGACCUCUACACAUUUAAAAAAAAAAAAAAAAAAAAAAAAAAAUCAUUAAUAUUAUAG